AUGGAGUGUCAAACUUGUCAUAACUACCAUCGUAAAUUUUAUUGUGCAAAUUGUCUCCGCGAAAGAUUAAAAACGUAUAAUGCCGAAUACAAAAAAAUAUUUCAAGUAAAACAGCAAAAAAUAGAGCGAGCUAAUAAAUUUCUUUCAGGCUCUGUUAGAAAUCUUCAAAUAAGUUUAGCUGAUAAACAUAAUAGAUUACAAAAACUAAACAACUUGGAAAUCGAAGUGAAGAAAAGAAAAGAAGAAAUAAAUCGUCAAGAAAUCGAAUCAAGAAAAAAAAUUUUACGAUCAAGAAGACAAUUAUUAUUAGAUACGCAUACUUAUUUUAAAAAAUUUAAAUCACAUCAAAAAUCCAUUAUAACAAAAGAUAUUGACAAUAUUAAAGAAAAUUGGCGCAAUGUACAUCAAAUCUUAAUCCAGUCAAGAAAAGUUUUGAUAAGUAUCAAUAUAGAAAAUAAUGUAAUUUCUUUAUCCUCAAAUGGAAAUGGAAAAAAUGAAGAUUUUGAAUUUUCUAUUGCUGGAAGAACUUUGCCGAGAAAAGCCGAUUUUACAAAUUAUCAAUUGGAGGAAAUUAAUACAGCGGUGGGCCACGUAAUACAUAUGUUAGGUUUAAUAGCGCAUUAUCUUGGUGUGAAUCUUCCAUUUACGUUAGUAAAUAAGGGAUCAAAUUCAUGCGCAGAAGGCACUUUAAAUGAAAUAACAGAAAGGAGUAAAAGGACACCGCUCUUUUUAACAGUCGAAAAUCUAGAAGGGUUUACCGUAGGAAUGGCUAUGUUGAAUUAUAACAUUGCUUAUUUAUGUCACACACAAGGUAUUGAAAUACCUUAUCAUAAAGUUCCUCAUACUUUACAUAAUUUAUUUCUUUGUUGCCAUGCUUCUAAUCUUGGAAGGUAUGGACAUCUUACUGAAAUUUAUCGACAACCUGAUCAAUCAUUUAAUUUGGAAUUUCAAGAAGUUGUACGAAUGAUGUUGGCACCUAGAAAUGGUUCAGAUAUAAAAUAUGAUUUAUUAAUUUAUAAUAUUAUCGGAACUACUUUAAAUGAUUAUUUUGAAGGAGAUAUUGAAGAUGAUAAUGAAAAUGAGGAUGGUGAAAAUUGGGUUCUUUGUGAUACUGUAUAA